CCAGACUUCCAGUAGAAGCAGGAAGACAGUCGGGUGAAGUGAUGGGGUGGACAACACGAUUCCUAACUGCGGUGGCUUUCCUGGCCAUCGGAGUGAUCUUCUCUCCUGAGAUCUUCGGAUCCGAUGGCUCGGGUUCGCUGAAGCUGUCGACCUACUUGAAGCUUGCUCAUCUCCUUAGCUUCUCCACAGCUUGGGGUGCGGCUCUCUGGGUCACAUUCAUCGGCGGUAUCAUCAUGUACAAGAAUUUGCCAAGGCAUCAAUUUGGAAAUCUGCAAAGCAAAAUGUUUCCAGCCUAUUUCUCCAUGGUGGGGAUAUGUUGUGCCAUUUCUAUGGUGUCAUUUGGAUAUCUGCAUCCAUGGAAGUCUUCAUCUACAGCAGAGAAGUACCAGCUUGGCUUCCUAGCUUCGGCACUUGCGUUUAACCUCACCAAUUUGUUUGUUUUUACACCCAUGACAAUCGAGAUGAUGAAGCAAAGGCACAAGGUGGAAAAAGAAGAGAACAUUGGGGAGGAAAUUGGGCGGUCAAAGAACACGGAAGUUGCAAAGGUGAAUCCAAAGCUUGCCGCCAUGAACAAGAAAUUUGGAAUGAUCCAUGGGUUAUCCUCCCUUGCUAAUAUUAUGGCCUUUGGCAGUCUUGCCAUGCACUCAUGGUAUCUAGCAGGUAAUCUCAAUCUGUAAUUUUCGUAUUUCUGUUUUUAGGGGAAGUUUGGCUUCUGCUAUCAGGGAUAUAUAUUCUUCAGAUUAGACCUUUCAAAUUAUCUAAAAAAUGUAAAAUCAAACAUAUGUUAAUCAAAUGAUUUGUCUCUUGAGUUUAUUUCUAAAAUAAAUCAUAAAAACAUCUUUUCACUACUAAGAAAUCAGAGGUAUUCUUAGUAUUUACGCAUCUUAAUUGACCCAAACACGUUCCUUCUCAAUGUUCAUUUUCUCUUCCUUGUUUCUUGUAAAUCUGUAAAUCAUGCUAGGUAAACUUGAUGUCAUACUUUCGUUUCUUUGUCAAAUUUCUCUCUUUUGCCAACCACAUUACUCAGCGCAUCAUGUUACAUCUCUUAUUUGGUUUAAAAGAGAAUAGACAUAUACCGGCUCA